AUGUCAUCACCAGGUCAUUAUGCAAAAGGUUAUGUACGAUGGACAGCUGGUGGUAAACGUGUUAUGUGGGAUGGUGCCCGUUGGCAACAGUUAUGUCAAAUAGAAAAAUGUUUUAAGCGUGAUCAAAAGUCUCAAGGCGUUUGUCUUAUACAUUUUCGUGAACAACAAGAAAAUAAAGCAAAAAAUAAAAAUAAGAAAUUUAAACAAGAAGAAAAAUCGGAAAAAAUAAAAUUAACGAAACAAAAAAAAGCUAGUCCAAUUAAACGAACAUCUAUAUCAACUCGACCGAAACGUAUUAAGUCGAAUAAUUCGCUUAAUGAUUCAAUAAAGGUUUCUAUUACGAAUUAUCAAAAUUCUGAUAUAGAUAUUUCAGACUCAGAAAUCACUGACAGAAAAUCAUUAACUUCAAAUCUUAGUCUAUCAAAAUCUCAUAAAUCAUCACGCACAUUAGUACUUGUUUGCUCAUCACUAACUCGUCAACAAACAUGUCAAGUUGAAUUAUUUUGUAGUCGUUUUUCUGCUCGUUUAUCAAAUCAAAUCGAUGAAACAACAACACAUUUAAUAGCAAGUGAAGUUGAACAGCGUGUAUGUUGUUUAACAAAAAAAGUUUUUUUUGCUGUUGCUUAUCAUCAAUAUGUUAUUGGUUAUCAAUGGAUUGAAGAAUGUCUUAGUAAAGAAAGUCUUUUAAAUGAAGAUUCAUAUGAAAUUCUUGGUGAUGCAUCAUUAUCAUCACAACAUAAUGGUAUGAAUCGUUCACGUUUAAUUCAUGAACCUAUAUUUAAAUCAUAUUCAUAUGCUAUUGCUGUUGAAUGUUCAAUUGGAUGUCAACAAGGAAUGUUUACACGACAAGAACUUGAACAACUUGUACAAUUAUCUGGUGCUAUUUUAAUACAAGAACAUAAUCGACAACAAUUAGAUAUAAAUACAACAAUAAUUGUACUUUGUGAUGAUGAUGAUAAAAUGGUUGUUAAAAAAUAUAGUGGUUUAAAAAAUAAAAUAUAUUAUGUUAUACCAGAAUUUUUUCUUGAUUCACUUGUAUUAUAUGAAGUACAACCUAUUAAAGGUUAUGAAUUACUUUAUCAGAUAGACUAA